UUCGCCUUAGCUAUCCCAGCAUGCACUGCGAGGUCUGCAGUAUAUUAUUGACAAAGAAAAAAGCCUGGACAGAAACAACAACAGGGUGGGUUCAGAAGCACAAACCCUGGUGAGGGCACUAAAGUUACACGAACCCGAGUGCUGACAUAAAGUACCAUGUUAUGGCCCUGAGGCAAUGAGAAAGAGAAUUGACAUUUCCACCUAAAGGGAGUUUACACAGCUUGAUAGUUUGUGGAGAGAGGGCUGGGGGCCCUAGGCAGUCUGUGGACGGGGAACGGGAAGAGCUCAGCUGGAGCCAAUGCAGCAGCAGCAUCGACAGCCUGAGCUGGUGGAAGGAAGCCUUCCCGUGUUCGUGUUCCCCACUGAGCUGGUCUUCUACGCAGAUGAUCAGUCGUCUCACAAGCAGGUGCUCACCCUCUACAACCCCUAUGAGUUCGCUCUCAAGUUUAAAGUACUGUGCACAGCACCAAGCAAGUACACAGUGGUGGAUGCCACCGGAGCGGUCAAGCCACAGUGUUGUGUUGACAUAGUAAUCAGACACAGAGAUGUGCGGGCAUGCCAUUUUGGGGUGUACGACAAGUUCCGGCUGCAGGUGUCUGAGCAGAGUCAGCGGAAAGCUCUGGGUCGUAAAGAGGUGACGGCCACGCUCCGUCCCUCUGCCUCACAGGAGCCGCCCAGCCCCCGGCCCCAAGAUGAGGAACGCAGAUUGAAAGAGCAGUUCGCAGAGAGCGAGUUUUUUGAACAGACCGCAUUUCAGACAGAGAGCCGUCCUGUUGCUGGAGGCCCCAGUCUGCUGACGGUGCUGCUUGGGCUGGUGUGUAUGGCCGCCCUGAUGCUCCCAACACUUGGAGAGCAAGAAUCUACUGUGCCUGUCUACCUCCACUUAAGUGUUAACAAAAAACUUGUAGCUGCUUAUGUUCUCGGUCUCCUCACGAUGGUCAUCCUGCGCACAUGAAGUGCUGUGAGCAGAGGAGGAGGGAAAAUGAUCCUAAAAACGAAAAGAACAGUCUCACUCUGGCUGCAGCACUACUACGACUGGAGUACAGCUGACAGAAGCGGGAUGGGGUACUUUUUCACCCCACUCCGUUAAAAAUUACAUUUUAGUAUGCUCAAUUUCAAAUUUACAUAUUUGUGUUAAUACAUACAUUGACACAAUACCGGACUGAUGGAAACAGUGGAGACUCCAGUGCGUAGGUCACAGGUAGUGUGAGAGGAGCUGUCCCCAAGCAGGGCCUGUGAAGAAACUUGAGGCCAUUCAAAGUGCUGUCUGGCCUUAUAUUCCGUGUCCGUAUUUUUAUUACCAUUAUGUAACAGAAAAUGGUUUACUUGAGUGUGAAGGACAUGCAAACAUGAUACAUGUAUAUAAAGCCAUUAAAAUUUUGUUAUGAUAUUCACCUGUAACCAUCAUUAUAUUGAUGUUUUAAAGCAAUUUUAGUUAAGUUUCUGGAGACUAAAUGCAGUUAUUUGCAUGUGUGGAUACUUUACUGAACGAGUUUUUAAUUUUAAGAUUACCUGUCACCAAAGGAAAGGUCUUUUUAAGACAUUGGUUUGUUCGCCAUACUAUAUCACUGCUUCAUCAAAUGUUAAUAAAGUCUCAGUACAGCUGUCUGGUAAAAUGAUCACAGAUCAAAUCAGGCUGUUUUCUACACUUUACAACCUGGGUCAGGAGGGUGUAGAACACAUAAGGCCUCUGGUAGCUUUGUAGUGAUGGUUACUGAAAAUAAUCCCAGUCUCUCUCAGAGCUGCAUGGUGUCAGGUUUGACAGUGGACAACAAUAUGAUUUAGGAUUACUUGCAUACCAUCUGGGUCCACAGCAGUAAACAAGGUUAGUAAAUAAGGAUUGUACUGUCCUACUGUGUUAACAUUUUAAAUUAGUACUCUUAUGUCUAUGCUUUAUUGCUCCAGACAAGAAAAACUGCUCUUGGAAUAUUCAAAACAGCUGAACAUGCAUAAUAAAGAAAUAAUUUAUUUAGUCCUGAUGUCCACUACGAUUGCAAUCACAAAAGACACAAGCGUGGGCAUGUAGUUAGCCAGCUUGACAGAUUACAGCUUUUCCAUUACACACAUACAAUAUAGUAUAAGAUUAUUUGCUAAAUUUGUGCCCUGAACACUUCAUAAGAGGACUUGAGAAAAAGAAAUUAUCUUGGGGAAAAAAAAUCUUGACAGGACAAGCUGACGGCUUUUUCCAUAUUUGUAUUUGUAUAAAGGAAAAACAUUCUGUAAAUGAACUGCAACCACACCUUUCAUUAAAGGGCACACUUCCAAAACAAGAUUUACAAUCACUUCCUCUUGUACAUACACAUUAAUGGCUACAUAGCCAUGACGAAGCUGGGACAUAACACAAGCGAUAUGGACCCUGGGGCCAUGACAGUUGAAAGCAAAUGUAGGUGCAAAAAUCACAGUACAGGCUUAACCUUUAAAUACUGUAUUAUUUCUUUUUUUAGAUCUUGUUUACGAGAAAGUUUUAGUUCUCUCUUGCUCACACACAGGCUGGAACAUCACAGGACUGAGCGUCCUGUGUAAAAAGCUCUUUUAAUACACAUAACCAGAAACUGCAGUCUCUUUAUCCACAAUGUGAUGGUGCAAUUUUAUUUAUUUUUUUGCUGCAUACUCCAGCCGUCAGUUGAUUUGGUGUAAAUGAUAACACAAAUGGUUCUCUUUUACUGGGGAUAGAAACCUAUCACCAUCCAAUUUUUAUAUCAAACACCUUUUUUCCCCAUAAAUAAGACAUUUCACCAGAAGGAAGAAAACUCAUUUCAUCAUUUCUAUACUCUGCAUAUCUACAAAAACAUCCUGACAAAAACACAGGAUACAGAGGAACCUUUAGUGUUGAAAGCCCAACAGUGAUGACCCUCGUAUUUCAUUCACAAGUAACUGAUAGGUGCUUUAACUGCUCAUACUAAGCAAUUUAAUUUGCAGCAAGUCGUGGGGAAGAGGGCUUAAAACCCAAACCAAAAUCUUCACUGUUCAAAGCCUGCAUCAUAAAAAAUAUCUGCUGAAAACACAACCUCUGCCAGUAUAACAGGAAGGAAAUCUCCUUAGUUGUACCUCAGAAGUAGUUUAUGCUCCUUAAGAAAAACAUCUGCUGUUGAAGACUUGUGCCCACAUUCAUCUCACAGCCAAUCACAAACUUAAAACUAUGUACGACAUCCAACAUGGUUAAUAUGUACAUAAUUACACGCAAAGCAGGAAAACAAUAAGUUAAAUCUUACUAAAUUUGCAGACUGCGUACAUACAAAGGCCAGCAGACAUAAGUUUUCCAGCACAAAAACGGAAAUGUACACAUCCAAUAGUCUUUGUUUCUCCAGUGCUCAGUGUCUCUCUCUCCAGUGAGGGGAACUGGUAGGACAAGUUUGAAGCAUAGCCACUUAGGAACACAAUAUCUCUACGAAAGCCAAGCACCAUCCAAGAUCCUCUAAUAGCAGCUGGUGCUCAGUGUCCUCAGUCAUUCCUAAUUUCACUAGGUUUACCCCUCUCUCUCUCUCUCUCUCUCUCUCUCUCUCUCACACACACUCACACACA